GUUUAUUUUAUGCCAUAGACCUUAGAAGCCAUAGAUGUUCAAAAACGAGUUAAUCCAAAAUAUCGUUCUGUAAAGUUUUGGUUUCAAAGCUGGAAAGCCAAACGUUCAGUGUAAUUUGGUAAUUAAGGAAUAAGCAGUGUUGCCAAUCGGCAGUUGGCAACUCUGCAUGUUGCGUGACGUCAUUAGCCAGAGUCGAGAUGUCAACAAGAGCUAAAAUCACAUAUUUAGAUAUGUGGCUAAAAUACACGAUAAACGCCGAUAAAAUGGAAAAGGCGGGAAAAAAAGUUUGUUCCAAGUAUUGUUUUGUGGCUUGUUGUACGAAUUCAACGCGGAAAACACCUGAAAAAAGGUUUAUCACCGUGCCGAAAGGAAAAGUAAGGGAAAACUGGUUUAAAAGAGCAGGACGCGAUUUAAAAACAUCGUCACUGCUCUCAUCAUUUUACUGUUGCGAGGAUCAUUUCAAUCUGGCAGAAGAUAUUGAAAACUACACAAGGAUAAGAUUUGAUCCUCGUGCUAAGGUUUUUUUGAAGAAAGACGCCCUUCCCCGCUUUUUUACCAGAGAAAAAAAUACCAUUGAAGAUGAAGACAAGUUUGUUGGAAAACAGAACAAGCGUAAAAAAGGUGUGGUAAAUACCGCGAAAAAAAAAGAUUUUGUUGCUUCUAGCCCCACAGAAGAAGAAAACGUUGAAGAUGAUAAAGACCAAACAACAUUAGUAAAAAUCGAAGAAUAUUCAGAAAAUAAUUCUUCUGAAUAUUCGCCCCUUUUUGUUGAUAUCUUUAAUAUUCAAGGUGAAAAAGAAGAAACAGUAAGAGUAAAACAAGAAAUAGACAAAUUUGAAAUUAAAGAAGAGCCCAUUGAGUUAAUAGAAAACAGUUUGGAAGAAAAAUAUCAUAAAAAUCAUAUAAAUCUUAAAAAAGAGCACAUAAAAAAAUGUUUAGAUGAAACGAUUUGUUAUUUAAUAGAAACUAGGCAAUAUUCAGAUUAUAUUUCAAAAAUUUCAUUUUUGGAACAGUUAAAAAAAGAACUUUAGGAUAAGAUGUUUUAUACUGCAAAUAUAUUUUUUUGUAUGAA